GCCUGCCCGGCGUGAGCGGGGGACGCGCGGUGUGAUUGCCCAGGAGAAAGGAAGGCGCUCCAGUUCCGGGUCAGGCCCUUCUCCCACCUCCCUCGGCCUCCGCCAUGGCGAGUAGUGGCGGCGCCGGGGCAGCGACGGCGGCGGCGAAUCUGAACGCGGUCAGGGAGACCAUGGACGUUCUGCUUGAGAUUUCAAGAAUUUUGAAUACUGGCUUAGAUAUGGAAACUCUCUCUAUUUGCGUACGGCUUUGUGAACAAGGAAUUAACCCAGAAGCUUUAUCGUCAGUUAUUAAGGAACUUCGCAAGGCCACUGAAGCACUAAAGGCUGCUGAAAAUAUGACAACCUGACUUUCUGGAGAAAUCCUGAUGAGAUAUGUCAAGCUCUGCAAGAAGAUUUGAAGAUUGCAUUAUAGUCAAGAAUGUACAGUGAAACUACUGCAUGCAGCAGUGUAGAAACAUUUUCCUUUGUAAAAGAAUUAUAAAACCAUAGCUUUAUAAAUCAGUGGAAAGUGGCUUACAGAGAGAACCAUCAGAUGUGUGUAUGUCACAUCUUUUUUUUAACAGCUCUAAUGCUUUGGCAUUGCUCUGUUCGUAUUUAUGUAUUCCUUCCUUAGAGCUCUGAUAGCUUUAAUUUUCUAAGCAGCCUGUCCAUCAGUUCUGCACAUCUGCUGUGCCUGGUUGAAGUAUAGUGGAACCCAUCAGUAGUAAUGCGGUAGUUAUGACUUGUUGACAUCUCCAUUAUAAACUUUAAUUUUGAAUUGUUUAUGCAUAAUAACUGGAUUUAUUUUGUUUUGGGCUGAAAGUUGACAGAACUUCAGCCACCAUUUGUGAAUUUUGGUUUAGAUUCAUUAUAUCAGAAUCUUGUUUUUUGUAAGAGUACAGAAAACUUUUGUUGUAAUCUGCUCUUAACAAAGAAUAUUUAGUUUUUUAAACACAAAGUUUGACUGGCAGUUAAUAGGGUGAACCAGAUCAUUUUUGUAUUGAUUGAAAAAUAAAACUUUAAGAAAUUUAGAUUUUAAAAGUAAUGACAGUGCUUAUUAGCUUAGUAUUUAUCAUUUGAAUCAUUUAAAUUUAAUGAGAAUAUUAAUUGACAAUAUUUUUCUUUCUAAGUUUUAUACUCUGUGAAUGAUGGCCUAAAAAAAAUACAUAAAAUGAAA